CGAAACGGUACGCGGUUGUUCGUAAAACUCGUUUUUUUUAUUUAUUAUUAUUAUUUACCUCGUCGUCGUUGGUUGCAGCGACUGAAAAGAAAAAAAAUAUUUUUUUUAUAAAUAUUCAACGAGAACAGAGAAUUUUCUUAAUAAUUAAGAAAAAAAAAUAAUUUACAAGAUUUUAAACGCAACAAAAGUGACCUUGUGCAAUAUUCUAGCAUGAUGAAAGAGACUGUAGUGACUGUUCCGCCCACAGCGGCGCACCAACAGCAGGCACCUGGCGAGGGACUUGCCUGGCUCCAAUUUAACUUGCAGUAUUUCGCCACAAUUCCGGGCAUCAUCAAAUUAGUGCAACUGGUCUUUGGCAUAAUUUGCAUGGCCUGUGCUUCCCCAGCUCUCCUCAGUGCCACACACUGGUUCUUGUUUGUAGCUGUAACUUCCUUCAUUGCCACGAUCCUUUGGAGUUUCAUCUAUUUGUUGGGCAUCCGAGAAGUGCUGCAGUUGCCUGUCAAUUGGAUCUUAACGGAAUUGCUCAAUACCGGAAUCGCAACAGUAUUUUACUUUAUCGCCUUUAUCGUGCAAUUAUCGGCGUGGUCGAGUGUUCGAAGUGCCUACAAAGGAUCCAAUAUCACCGCUGGCGUAUUUGGAUUAUUCAACUUCCUCGCUUACUUGGCAGGAACGUACUUUUUGUACAUAGAACACAAAUCAGCCACUCCUUAAUGGAAUGACAGCAACAAAAAAUCGAAAAACGAAAAAAUCCCUGAAUCAAAAUCAAUUUCUUGACAAAAAAAAAAUUGGUUGCGUUAAUGGCAAACGACGAAAUUAACAGUACCUCUAACAAAUUUUUAUUCUUUUUUGAGAAAUAUUUAAUAUUUAUAUUAUAGUUGGACUAAUUUAUAAGAAAAAUUGAAUAAAU